CAGGGAUCUAAACAAAACAUUGUUCGCGCCGGUAAAAUUUAUUUGGAGGGAGCAAAAAAAGUUUUGCUUUAGAAAUUUAACUUCAUUUCUUGUCUCUUCCUCAUUUUAGUAGUUCUUCUUUAAAAAGAUGAAUCCUGGAGAAGGUUCUCAGUCAAAUAUUUUGGAAUUCUUCAUGUUGGUUGGUAAGUUAAAGCACUUAAAAAGGACAGGAUGGAUUAUGAGGAAUAUUUCAAAUUGCGAGGAUGUUGCUGGGCAUAUGUAUCGCAUGGGUAUAAUGGCUUUCUUGUUAGAAGAUGAAGCAUCAUUAAAUGUGGAUCGAAAUAAGUGCAUUAAAAUGGCUCUUGUUCACGAUAUAGCUGAGUGUAUAGUUGGAGACUUAACUCCAUUUUGUGGCAUUAGUAAAGAAGAAAAGCACCGGAAAGAAUUGGAAGCAAUGGAACGGCUGAGUUCCCUAGCUGGAGACAAAGUUGGAAAAGAAUUUCUUGCUUUGUAUAAAGAAUAUGAAGAGCAGAAGACUGUUGAAGCUAAAACUGUGAAGGAUUUAGAUAAAUUUGAUAUGAUACUGCAAGCAUUUGAAUAUGAAAAAGAAUCUAAUUUCACUUUGAAUCUCCAAGACUUUUUUAAUAGCACUGAAGGUACAUUUCAAAAUCCCCUGGUUUUAAAAUGGGUUCAAGAAUUAAAAUUAGAAAGAAGCAAAUAUCCUCAACCACCUUUACCAAAACCAAGCGAACCUGAAUGUGAUAAAUAAUAAAGCUUUAAAUUCUGUACAUUUUUGCAUAAAAAUUCAACAAAAAAAAAAAAUGUUGCUUUCUUUAAUUUAACUCAGUCAUUCUGUACCUUCUUAAAUCUGUAGUAUAUUAGAUUUAACCAUAUUGAUUUUUUUUUCAAAAUUUAUACUCUUAAAAUUCAUAAAACUGAAGGAAAAUAUUCAAAAUACGUAAUUAUUCUUUUUAUGACAAAAAUAUUUCUCGAGAAUAUUUCCAUUUUUAUGAUAAAAAGUAUUGACUGUAAAUGUGUUUCAUAUGUGCCAAUAGUGUUAAUCAUUUUAUUUCUUGCAUGUAAAAAAUUUGUUGUUCCACCAUAUUCACUGUUAUGAUAUGCUUACAAUAUGUCAAUCAAAAUCACCUAAAUUGUUCUUUUAAAAAAUCUUUAGAACUUGCCAUGCGCUGAUCAUGGUUAUUUUAAUCUUGAAGUAUGGUAUAAUACCUUAGAACACCAGCAACAACAAAAUAUUUUAAGUAAUUUAAGAUUCCAACAAGAAUUUAUAUUAAUUU